AUUGGAUGUUCCAAGCGUGUUACAAUUUAGUCGUUAUCUAUGAGGAGAUCUUGCGGAGGAGUUUUUGAGGAGAUAGCCCCAAUGAGAACCAUGUACUAUGUCGUUAUCAAGCAUUGACGGGUUCAAUAUGGUAGGUUUGGGCCAAUGGCUAGUUUAAACUUGCGAAUAUGCGUUAUGUCCAGAUAUAUUUAAGCCCUGUUAAAUCCUGUUCGACUGUGAAAGCAAUAACCCAAACCUACAUUGAGCAGCCAAACAUAGAGUCACAUCUUUAAUAAGAGCAACGACGACAGAAGCAAUAAUAGUGAUCAAGUACAAUGGCGCCCUCAGCAACUGAAGCCGCUACUAUUCCAACUCAACUUAAAAAGCCUGCGGAUGAUAGGUUUACUGCAAGUGAGCUUGGAAACUAUAAAGAGCUUGCUCCCACGUCGUUCGAUAAAGAAGCUGAAGAGAAGGGAGUUGGCAAAUUUUCUGCCGCGUCAGUACGUAUUCCGAAUAAUUCAUUACUAGUAGUCAGUAAAAGACAUUCUAAUCUCUGAUCUUAGUACCCGCAUUAUCUCCCUACAUGGGAUGAUGUGACAUACCCGCCCCUUGAGUCCUUUGAGCACAGAGACCAUGGGCUGGAUGCCGACACAACAUAUCCAGAGCUACUUGCACCAGGUGUAGAAACAGUUGAUCUGACACCCGCAAUGGGCACAGAAAUCAAAGGUGUACAGUUGAGCAAGCUGAGCAAUGCAGGCAAAGAUCAAUUGGCUCGAUUUGUCGCGGAAAGAAAAGUCGUAGCUUUCAGAGAUCAAGAUUUUGCGGCUCUACCAAUCGCAGAAGCUGUCGAGUACGGCCGAUAUUUUGGGCGACCUCAUAUCCAUCCAACAUCUGGUGCCCCUGCUGGUCAUCCUGAAGUCCACCUAGUACAUAGAUCAGCUGGCGACAAAACGGCUGAAAGCUUUUUCGAGACUCGAACAAACAGCGUAGCAUGGCACUCAGAUGUCACUUAUGAGAAGCAGCCGCCGGGAACAACGUUCUUAUAUGUUCUUGACGUCCCAGAAAGCGGAGGCGAUACUCUUUUUGCCAAUGGUGUUGAAGCAUAUAAUCGACUCAGCGACUCAUUUAAAGAGCGUCUGCAUGGGCUUUCUGCGACACAUUCCGGAAUUGAACAAGUGAACGCUUCUCGCUAUAGGAAUGGCAUUGCUCGCAGGGAGCCUGUUGUGAACGUCCACCCUAUUGUCCGAACGCACCCAGUAACUGGAGAAAAGGCGCUAUAUGUCAACAGACAAUGUAAGAACGAGCCGGCUCUUCUCUAUGUGCUCAGUACUGACCUUGAUUCCAGUCACUCGAAAGAUUGUUGGAUUUAAACAAGAGGAAAGUGAUAUGCUAUUGGUAAUAAACCCCUCCAACCCCCACAUCCACACCAAAAACAUUUGCAUCAACGAUGAUCUGACUGUUCUUUAGAAUUUCUUGUAUGAUCAUAUUGCGCU